AUGGCAACUACUAUUUCCUACGGCGAAAAGAACUCUGGAUUACAGGCAGGGGUAGUGCACGGGAAUGUCACGAUCGUACAAUCCGAAACGCUGAAUCAAGAAUGCCUUCGUGAUUUGUAUGCUACCAACCCUGUCGAUGAUAAAGAACGUAUCAAGAAUGACAAGGGCGGGCUACUCAAAGACUCAUAUCGCUGGAUUCUAGACAACAAAGAGUUCAAACAAUGGCAAGACAGCGAGAGAAAUCGCCUUCUCUGGAUCAGGGGUGAUCCUGGUAAAGGCAAGACGAUGCUCCUAUGUGGUGUCAUCGAAGAGUUGACAGGACUGUAUGGAGAUAAUUCGAGCAUCUCGUUCUUUUUCUGUCAGGCUACCGAUUCGCGAAUUAAUAGCGCCACGUCUGUGCUGAGGGGGUUGAUAUAUCUACUUGUCGAAAAGCAUCCAUCCCUCCUCCACUAUGUGCGAGCUCGGUACGACAGUGCAGGAAAGACUCUCUUUGAGGAUGUGAAUGCAUGGAAUGUACUGUCGACGAUCUUCAGGGACAUUCUAAAUGACCCGAUCUUGCAGAUGACUUAUCUGGAGUCAUCAGCCAACCUACAGAUAAAAUGGGUUGUAUCUAGCCGUAACUGGCCUGAAAUCACUGAGCGAUUUGACAUUGCCGCCCAACUGGCCCCGGUCUCAUUAGAGCUGAACGAGGUGUCUGUGUCUGAAGCAGUGAACCGAUUUAUUCAGCAUAAAAGCCACGGAUUGGCAAAAUCGAAAAGGUACAGCGAUAAGACUCGGGAUGCUGUUCAACGCUAUCUAUCUGCAAACUCGCAAGGUACCUUCCUUUGGGUGGCCUUGGUGUGUCAGAAUCUUGAAAAGAUACGAACACAUGUGCUUAAGAAACUAAAGUUAUUUCCUUCUGGGCUGGAUGCUCUAUACGGACGAAUGAUUGAUCAAGUUCGUGAAUUAGAAGAUGUCGAGCUCUGUAAAGAGAUACUGGUAAUUAUGUUAUCCGUCUUUCGGCCUAUUACGCUACACGAACUGACUUCGCUCAUUCAACUACCGGAUGAUGACGACGAUGACUAUGUUCCCCUUGAGGUGAUAAUUGCGAUCUGUGGAUCCUUUUUAACCUUGCGGGAAGGCACUGUUAUGUUUGUCUAUCAGUCCGCAAAGGAAUACUUACUCAAGGAAGCAUUCGGUGUUAUAUUUCAUGGAGGCAUAGAAACCGAACACAAUGUGAUAUUUUCAAGGUCUCUCGACGUUAUUUAUAAGAUACUUCAACGUGAUAUAACGAAUAUCAAGUUUUCUGGACGCCAUACAAAGUAUUUUCGCGUGCCCAGCCCAAAUCUACUGGCACCCGUUGAGUACGCAUGUUUAUACUGGGUGGACCAUCUCUACGCUUGCAAGUACAACGCAACCUGUAGACUGAGUUUGAAGAACAGGGAGGCGCUAGAUACAUUUCUGCAGCGGAAAUACCUCAACUGGCUCGAAGCUCUGAGUAUAUUAGGAAGUCUUUCAGAUGGAAUACGCGCUAUGAAAAAGCUAGAAGGUUUAAUUCAGGAGGAGAUCGAGUCUGUCAGCCUACUGGAGCAAGUUCGAGAUGCUACUAGGUUUAUUCAAUAUCAUAGGACAGGGAUUGAAAACAGCCCGCUACAGGUGUAUUGCUCACCUCUCGUCUUUAGCCUAUCAAAGAGCCUCACCAGAAGGGCUUUCCAAAAAGAGAGACUAUAUUGGGUUUUGAAAUAUCCUAUAGUCGAGAAAGACUGGAGUGCCUGUCUUCAGACUCUCGAGGGGCAUAGUAACGAGGUUACGUCGAUUGCCUGGUCGCGAGAUGGAAGUCGACUUGCAUCAGGGUCUUGGGAUAAUACAGUCCGGAUCUGGGAUCCUGCCACCGGCCAGACCAUAUCCACUCUUAAGGGGCAUAGUAGCUGGGUUGCAUCGAUUGCCUGGUCGCGAGAUGGAAGCCGACUUGCAUCAGGGUCUUAUGAUAAGAUAGUCCGAAUCUGGGAUCCUGCCACCGGCCAGACUAUGUCCACUCUUGAGGGGCAUAGUAGCUGGGUUACGUCGAUUGCCUGGUCGCGAGAUGGAAGCCGACUUGCAUCAGGCUCGGAUGAUAAAAUAGUCCAGAUCUGGGAUCCUGCCACUGGCCAGAUCUCGUCCACUCUCGAGGGGCAUAUCCGGAUCUGGGAUCCUGCCACCGGCCAGACUAUGUCUACUCUCGAGGGGCAUAGUUAUUGGGUCAGGUCGAUUGCCUGGUCGCGAGAUGGAAGCCGACUUGCAUCAGGUUCGAAUGAUAAGACAGUCCGGAUCUGGGAUCCUGCCACCAGCCAGACUAUAUGCACUCUUAUAGGACAUAGUAAAACAGUCACAUCGAUUGCCUGGUCGCCAGAUGGAAGCCGACUUGCAUCAGGGUCUUGGGAUAAUACAGUCCGGAUCUGGGAUCCUGCCACCGGCCAGACUAUAUCCACUCUUAAGGGGCAUAGUAGCUGGGUCACGUCGAUUACCUGGUCGCAAGAUGGAAGCCAACUUGUAUCAGGCUCAGAUGAUAAGACAGUCCGGAUCUGGGAUCCUGCCACAGGCCAGAUCUCGUCUACUCUCGAGGGGCAUAGUAACGAGGUCACGUUAAUUGCCUGGUCGCGAGAUAGAAGCCGACUUGCAUCAGGCUCAAAUGAUAAGACAAUCCGGAUCUGGGAUCCUGCCACCGCCCCGAUCUCGUCCACUCUCCAGGGGUAUAGUAACAGGGUUACGUCGAUUGCCUGGUUGCAAGAUGGAAGCCGACUUGCUUCAUGCUCGGAUGAUAAGACAGUCCGGAUCUGGGAUACUUCCACCGGCCAGACCAUAUCCACUCUCGAGGGGCAUAGUAACGAGGUCACGUCGAUUGCCUGGUCGCGAGAUGGAAGCCGACUUGCAUCAGGGUCUUAUGAUAAGACAGUCCGAAUCUGGGAUCCUGCCACCGCCCCGAUCUCGUCCACUCUCGAGGGGCAUAGUAACAGGCUCACAUCGAUUGCCUGGUCGCGAGAUGGAAGCCGACUUGCAUCAGGCUCGGAUGAUCACACAGUCCGGAUCUGGGAUCCUGCUACCGGCCAAAUCCUAUCAACUCUUCAUACUGACCUCACCAGCUUCCUCAGAUCUGAUACAGCUUGUUUCAACCGUGUGUACACCAGUGUUGGUAUAUUUGACGCAAAUUCAGUGCCUCUUGUAACACCUAUGUCUGAUAAUUUCACCCAACUCGAGCGAGGUGGAUACGGACUAAGUGAUGACCGCUCCUGGAUAACUUUCAAAGGUCUCAAUCUCUUGUGGCUGCCUUCAGAAUACCGUCCGGCUUCUACCGGCUGUUUCGCAAUACAUGCAACCACCAUUGCCAUUGCCUGUUCAUCAAAACGUGUUUUCUUUCUUGAACUUUCAACAUCGUCUUCUAUUCCGAGCCUAUGA